AAUUUUAGGAAGAUAUCUAACAUUCUCAUUAAGAAUAAAAAGUUCAUCUAAUUAAAAAAUGUCAUCGUCUUUCAAUGAAGAUGUGGAAAGUGAAGAAAAUGAUGAAGACAUUUUUAAAGAACUUUAUGGUGUUCGAGAUGGUGUACUUUUUAUAAUUGAUGCAACACCUCCAAUGUUUGAAAAUGAUCCACAUGAAGGAAUUCCAUACUUUUUACAAUGUAUUAGGCAAUAUAAAGAAGUUCUCAAGCAAAAAUUAAGUUGGAGUAGACAAGAUUGGAUGGGUUUACUUUUAUUUGGCACUGAGGAAUCAGACACGGAUUCAGAAACAAAACAUGUUAAAACCUUACAGAAAUUUAAUCUUGUCUCAGUGGAUGAUCUUAACAAAAUAAUUGAAAUAGAUGAAGGAGGAAAAUGGAAACACUAUAAAAAUAUUGCUUCUACUACGGCUUAUCCCUUACAUGAUGUUCUGUGGGAUGCAGCUCGAAUAUUUACAACUGUCACUAUCACUAUGCCAAUACGCAAAGUAAUUCUUUUUACCUGUCAGGAUGAUCCACCAAUGACGAAUAGUAAUGAAAAACACAGAAUAAGACUAAAAGUACAAAGUUACAAUGACAUAGAACUGCAAUUGUUCGUUGUUGGUUUGGGUGAAAAAUGGAAUCAUGAUAUAUUUUAUAAAGAUUUAGAAAUGUUAUCUGAAAAAAUAGAUCCUGAUGAUUAUGAAAGAAUGUCCUUGAAAGACAUAGUACAGCAAAUUAAAUUACCAUCUAGAAAUAUGGCAAAGCUUCCUUGGAGAAUUGGAGAAAAUGUGAAUGUAGACAUAUCUCUUUGCAACCUUUGCGUUAAAACAGAAUAUUUGAAAAAGAAGAAUAUAAGUAAAGCAACAAGUACUCCUUUAACUUCAUACACAUAUUUACAAAUAGCCAACGAAAAUAAUGAUAAGGAGGAAGCAAAAGACGAUGAAGAUGAGCAAAAAAUAUCUCCUGUUUUAGAAAUGGAUAUUCAAAAGUAUCAAACAUUUGGUGGUGAAAACAUAUAUUUUAAAUUAGCGGAGGUGAGAUCUUUAUGCGCAGUGCGUGAGCCAGGCAUUGAUUUAAUUUGCAUAAAACCUAUUUCUUAUCAUCCAUUGUAUCAUUUUGGAACUCCAGUUUUUGUUGUACCUGCUAAAACUAAUAAUAAGGAUCAAAAAUUAUUAUUUGGAGCAUUACUUAGUAAAUGUGAUUCAAGAGACUUAAUGAUAAUAUGUGCUGUUACAAUUCGAAGACAUUCUUCAACAAUUUUAUAUACUAUGAUACCACAUGCAAGAAACGGAGGAUUUUAUUUAUAUAAAAUACCAUUUAAAGAAAAUGUUCGAAAAUUGAAUGAUCACUUAAUGGAGUACAUAUACGAUGAUAGCAAAAAUGUACCUCCAACUGAUGCAAAUGGAAUUGGAUUACUAGAAAAAAUGAUAAAUAAAUUAAGUGUUGAUUAUAAUCCAAAUAUGUUUUUCAAUCCUAAACUUCAAGUCCAACUUCAGACAAUAGAAACAUUAGCCUUAGGGUUAGAGCAAAGGGAUCCACCACCUGAUACUACAGUUCCUAAUACUGAAGAAAUGCGUAAAAAGGUAAAAGAUUUGUUGGAAGAAUAUGAUGAAAUAUUUAGUGAGGACACGAAUAGUACAGUUGUUGAAUCGCCUAAAAAAAGAGUGAAAAAAGCCACAGAAAACACUGACUUAGACAAUCCAGAUGAAAUAAAGAAACUUGUGAAGGAUGGGCAGAUACAAAAAUUGACUAUGCCACAGUUAAAAGGAGUUUUACAAAAUCUGUGUUUGAAAACAACUGGUAAAAAAGAUGAAUUAAUAAAAAGAAUCAAGGAAUACUUUAAAUAAGGUGUUAAAAGAUUUUUCACAAGAAGUAAUUUAAUUAUCAAUCAUGUUUCUUAUAUAGAGUUUUUUAUAUUUAUAUCAAAUUUUAUAUUAUCUGAUCUUUACAAAAUGAGUGAAUCAUGUAAUCAAUUGUGUGCAUAUAUUUUUAAAAUGUGCG